AUGAGCUCCUACUUCGUCAACCCCCUGUUCUCCAAAUACAAAGGCGGCGAGUCCCUGGAACCGGCCUAUUACGACUGCCGGUUCCCUCAGAGCGUGGGCAGGAGCCAUGCGCUGGUGUACGGGCCCGGCGGCUCGGCGCCCGGCUUCCAGCAUGCCUCGCACCACGUCCAAGACUUCUUCCACCACGGCACCUCGGGCAUCUCCAACUCGGGCUACCAGCAGAACCCGUGCUCGCUUAGCUGCCACGGAGACGCCUCCAAAUUCUAUGGCUACGAGGCGCUCCCCAGACAGUCCCUUUAUGGGGCUCAGCAAGAGGCGAGCGUGGUGCAAUAUCCCGACUGUAAAUCCUCCGCCAACACUAACAGUAGCGAAGGACAAGGCCACUUAAAUCAAAACUCGUCUCCCAGCCUCAUGUUUCCAUGGAUGAGACCCCACGCUCCGGGGCGGCGCAGCGGACGGCAAACUUACAGCCGGUAUCAGACCUUGGAACUAGAAAAGGAGUUUCUCUUUAAUCCUUACUUGACACGAAAGCGCCGGAUUGAAGUCUCUCACGCCCUGGGACUGACGGAGAGACAAGUGAAGAUCUGGUUCCAGAACCGGAGGAUGAAGUGGAAAAAGGAGAACAACAAGGAUAAACUGCCUGGAGCCCGAGAUGAGGAGAAGGCAGAGGAAGAAGGGAACGAGGAAGAAGAGAAAGAGGAGGAGGAAAAGGAAGAAAACAAGGACUAA